UGACACUUCAUGAGGAGAGACCUCCGCAACUCACAUGACUGCUACUAGGCCACAGCCUGCCGGCCUUGGCCUGAAACGAAACAACCUAUCUGUCUUCCCUGUACAUCCGGCACAUCCUGGGCUUUAAAACAAAGAGGGAAAUCUGUGACCUGCAAGGAUCAUGAGGCUCGCCUGUCUAGAAGAUACUAAAAAGUUCGAACAAUUCAAGGAUAUUCCGGACAUUAAAGACCUCAUAACUGAUAAUUUCCUAUGUACAGGAGGAAUAGAACCUCAGGUGGAUCCACAAACCUGCAAAGGUGAUGGUGGAGGUCCCCUUAUUGUCCAGUACAAACAAUGCUUCAUUCAGGUGGGGAUUAUUAGUUGGGGGACAAUCAGCAGCUGUAAUGGAUCUAAAAGACAUCCUGGGCCGGUGCCGGCACUUUCUCGGGACUUCCAUGCUGAUGUGUUCCACAUGUUGGAUUGGCUAAAGGAAAAGAUGCCAGAGUUGGAAUUUAUGGAUUAAAGCUUCCAAAUGAUGGAGCCAUACAAACAAUGAUUGGGUCAUCCCAUUGGCCUGAGUUUGGUUGGACGCGCAUCUGAAGAGUGGCAGAAAUGCAAAGCACCACAGUGCUAAAUAUUACAACACAAUAUAGGAUCAUCUGCACUAAUACAAUAAAUUUACUACUGGAAUUAAAUAAAUGCUACCUCAGAAAUUAA